AUGGAAUUUAAUUUGGAUAAUUCUAAAAUGCAUCAACUCUUCAUAUUGCUAUCAUUAAUAAUUAGUUAAAACCAACUUAAAAUUAAAAAAGAAGAAAUUUCAUUCCAAAAAAAGAAUAUAAUCAUCAAAAAUUUAAUCACCUAAGCAAUUCAAUUUAAAUCCUAUGAAAAGUUUCUUCCAAUCUAAACCAUCUACUAAGGUUUCUUAUAGAUAAUAAACAACAAUUGUAUCACAACCAACGAAUAUAUCAAUAGUUAUACGAAUCAGAAGUUCCAUCAAAAGAAAUCAUUAACCAAUAAUUAGUUAAGAAAUGGAUAAUAAAUCAAUUGAGUUUCUCCAAGAGUUAGCUUACAGUUAAUUAAAUAGAACUUCCAAAAAAAAGAAAAGACCAUAAACAGUAGUUGAAUGCUCAAUACCUAUUUAAAAUUUUGUUGAAUAGAAUAGAAAAUUAUCUGAUUUAAAAAUAGAUUGGAUAAGGUAGCUAUGGGAUUGUUAAAGUUGGCAUAAAUUUAUUAAAUGGAUAGUAGGUAGCAAUAAAGAUUUACGAAAGGAUGAAUAUUAUUUAAAAAAAAGAAUAUAUAAGGAAAGAAAUUUAGAUUUUAUCUACAUUAUAGCAUCCCAAUAUUGUUUAAUUGCUUGAUGUAAUUUAAACUGAAGUAUAUUUGUAAAUAUUAAGACCCAAGUAUAAUUAGUUAUGGAAUAUGCUGGUCCAUUGUCAUUAAGAGCAUAUCUUAAGUAAUAACCUAACAAUUUGAUCCCAGAAAUUUAGGAAAAGAAUAUCUUUCUUUAAGUUGUCAAAGCUAUUGAUUAUUGCCAAUCCAAAAAUAUAGUAAUACUUCUAUUAAAGUAUAGAUAAAUCGAGACAUAAAAUCAGAAAAUAUUUUAUUCAGAGACAAUAAAAUAAAAUUAAUUGAUUUUGGUUUUAGCUCAUUUAUUGAACAUAAGACUAUAUCAUAUUUUGGAACUCCUUCAUAAUCACUUUCGUAAAAUUACUAGAUAUAUGGUCCAGAGAUUAUAUUAAAAAUGGAUUAUGGAAAACCUGCUGAUAUUUGGUCAUUAGGAUUAUUGCUUUAUGUAAUGUUUCAUGGAAAGUUUCCUUUUCAAGGUAAGUAAUAAAAAGAAUUGUUUUCUAAAAUUAAAACAGGUAUCUACUAAUUUAAUGGAAUAACUUAAUAAGCUUAAAAAUUAAUUAAUAAUAUGUUAAGAGUUAGGUCUUAUGAGAGAUGCAAUAUUAAGGAAGUAUUUAUUUCAUCUUUAAACAUUAGAUAAUAAAAGAUUAAUGGUUUCAAUAAUGGUUUUAUAAAAUAUUCGAUUCUGUAAAUAUUGUAUUUAAAUAAUGGCAUUAACCUUCAAUUAUCCUAACAAAUAACUAUAUUGAGUUUAAAAAUUAGUUGAUUUCAUAUUACAGAAUAAAUAUAUUUAGAUAUUCUUGA